UUGGUUCGCCCCAGGGUCUCAUGGCGGGCUCUGCUUCUCUGGAUGUGUCCCGAAAUGGGCUGGUGGUGAGAGGUGGCAGCCGAUUUCUGGCGACAGGUACAGACUGCAGUGAUGAUGACAAUUUCUUUACAUAUGACUGCAGCAAGGCAGAAAAGAAGCCACAAGAAGAUAAAGGAGAGGAAGGACAGACAUUGUAUAAAGGAAGUGAUAAUAUCCUGGCUUCUACCUUUUCAAGAUCUGGCAACUAUUUUGCUUUGACUGAUGACAAUAAACGUCUGAUUCUUUUUGGUACAAAACCUUGGAAAUGUCUGAGUAUCAGGACAGUGGUGAGAAGAUGUACUGCUCUGACAUUUACAGCUACAGAUGAGAAGAUUUUGGUGGCAGACAAGUCUGGAGAUGUAUAUUCAUUUUCAGUAUUGGCACCAUUUCAGGGUGGAAAACUUGAACUUGGACACCUGUCUAUGUUGUUGGAUGUGGCUAUGAGUCCUGAUGACCGUUAUAUUCUCACAGCUGACAGAGAUGAGAAAAUUCGUGUUAGUUUGUUUGCAGCACCACACAACAUAGAAUCUUUCUGCUUGGGGCAUACGGAGUUUGUGAGCAGAAUAUUUGUAGUUCCAAAUCAUCCUGAUCUGUUAUUAUCUACCUCAGGGGAUUGUACUCUAAGACUCUGGGAAUACAAAAUCGGAAAAGAAUUACAGUGCUGUCAUCUUAACAAACUGAGAAAUCCUGAAACAACGCAAUGUGAAAAGAUAUUUGCAGUGUCAAGGAUAACUUACUGUUGCAGGGAAAACUACAUUGCCAUUUUAUGUGACUGCAUUCCUGUAAUCUACAUCUUCCAACUUGAUGACACCAAGAAACAGCUGAUUUACAAACAACAACUUACCUUUAAUUACAGAGUGUGGGACAUUGCCUUUGAGGAAACACAGGGGCUUUGGAUUUUACAAGAAUGUAGAGAAAUGCCAGUUUUGCUUUAUCACCUUGAGAAUGGACAGUGGCAGCCUGUUUCCAAAAAUGAAGUGUUAAAGAAAAUCUCGAAUAAUCUACGUGAAAACUGGACCAUGGUGGAAGGUGGAUCCCCUGGCAUGGAUGACAGUUUUAGCAGUCUUUACAAGACCACAUUUGAUAACAUGACUAAUUACUUAAAGAAAAAAGAAGAAAGAGUACAGCAGCAAUUGGAAAAAAAGAAGAGAAGGAAAAAUCCUUGACUCAGUUUUAGGAGGCAAACAAAAAAGAAAUGAAAAACACCCAUGUGACAGUUAUUCCCUAAUUGUUUUGAAGGUCAUAGGAUCAUAGUUUUAAAAGUUUUUCCAUCUUUAUUUUAUACAUCAGAAAAUAGGUUCAGAGAAGUUUUGACUUGUCUAAAUUCACACAGGUUGACAGUGACAAUUAAAUAUUAGUUCUAUAACUCCAAAUCCAGUACUUGGUAAAAAUUCAUGAGGGUAAAAAAAUCAUUUUUUCAUUGACUUACUUGUCUUUCCAUUAUAUUUGAAAAAAGAAAUGGUGUAAAUUGUUUAUAUCUCCUAAACUUGGUGAUGGUUAGUGCUAUUUAGAGCUAGGCACUUACAUCAAGCUGUUUGAGAUAAAAUGGCAUUAUCCUUUGUUAAGAGGAAAUGAUAUUGUACCUAUGGUCCUUUAUUGUAUAUAUGCUUUAUCCUCCAUUUGAGGGAAGAAAUAAAGUUUGUACGUUUAACUAAAGAUGUUAUAAAUAAUUGUAGUAAGGAAUACAAGGCCUGUAACCUUCUUUUUUGAAGGUAGUAAUCUGGAACCUCUUGUUUCUCACCAGGUUAGAUGUGUUAUUUUGGGUCAUCAGCUAUUUAAAACCUCAGCCUUCUGACACUCACCAGUAUAUCUCUGAGCCAGACUAUGUAAGACGCAUGAAUUUCAAAGCAGAGUCAUAAAAUGAAAACAAUAGUAAGGUAUCUAAUCAGGAAUUGAAUGAAAUCUUCAUUUCUUAAUUUCAAAAUAUAUUUUUAACCUAUUCCUAAUUUGUUUAUUAGAAAGUUUAAUAUGACCCAUCACCUUCAUAUUAAAUAUUAUUUUAAAUAUUGAUAAUUUAUUUUAUAUGUCUGAAGGGAUCUUUAUAGAGUGGUGAAAAAUAGGGAUAAACUGAUCUUUUUCUCUAAACUUGACAAAUAUGAACAAAUAUAGAUGUUUUAAUAAAAAAAAAGGUUGCCUGCAAAACUGCAUAUUGCCAUUAUAUGCUGUUUUCUUUAAAAUAUAUAUAUAAUAAAUGCAACAUUAGUUUCAA